CAAACUGUGUUGCCAAUAAACAAGAUCUCGAGGUCGAGCCACCGAAUGGCUAUGCCCAGAACUCGCUCGGGGCGAUCCACCUCGCUCCAUGACUCGGACAGUAGACUCUAUGAGUCGGAGAAGAUUGACGCCCUCGAAUGGACAAAGAUCGAAGUAAUCCUUUCCUCCCUUAUUCCUAGGCGUGUUUCUAGGUCUGUUCCACUAGGUGUACUUCAAUUCUUGCUCGAAGCCGAACAGGUCAUAGUAGAGGGAUAUGGUGUUGUCCUCGUUAAUACUGAUGAGGCUGGUACCUUGUUCGUGACAAAUUUUCGUCUUCUUUUUUUGAGUGAAGGGUCCAGAAAUAUUAUCACGCUUGGCACAAUACCAUUGGCGACAAUUGAGAAGUUCAACAAAAUUGUCAUGAAACUUCCAUCUGCCCCCCGGCAAUCUGACAGGUCCCCAUCGCGACGACUUCUUCAGGUCACUGGCAAGGAUAUGCGAAUUAUUGUCUUUGGUUUUCGUCCUCGAACCAGGCAGAGGCGCGCUGUAUUUGAAGCCUUAUUGAGAUGCACAAGGCCAACAAGACUCUUGGAUCUCUAUGCUUUUGCUUCUGGUCCUUCAAGAUUUGGUAACACCAACCCUAGAGUGCGGUUAUUGAAUGAGUACUUUCGGCUUCUUGGAAUGGGAUCAUAUAAUGCUUCAAUCCGCCUUAUUGAAGAUGGGUCAUUCACAUUGUCUAAUGAGUUGUGGAGAAUUAGUGCCGUGAAUGCGAACUAUACCAUGUGCCCAACAUAUUCAUUUGCCUUGCUUAUUCCAAAAUGCAUCAGCGAUGAAGAGGUGCUGCAGGCUUGCACCUUUCGUGCACGGUGUAGGUUGCCUGUGAUUUCAUGGUGUCAUCCAGGGACUGGAGCUGUUCUUUCACGGUCAUCUCAACCACUAGUUGGUCUUAUGAUGAAUAUGAGGAGCAAUGCUGAUGAGAAGCUAGUUGCUGCCCUUUGCACUCAACUUGUUGGAGCAAAGGAGCCCCGGAGGAAGCUAUAUAUUGCUGAUGCAAGACCUAGAAAAAAUGCUUUGGCAAAUGGCGCAAUGGGAGGUGGAUCAGAGUCUUCUUCCAAUUAUUUUCAAUCUGAGAUAGUUUUCCUCGGGAUAGAUAAUAUACAUGCAAUGAGGGAUAGUCUUUCUCGGCUUAGGGACUAUUUAGAUACUCAUGGAACCACUUCAUCAGAUGGAAUGUCAUCAUUCUUGAGACAUGGUGGAUGGACUUGGGGCGGGGGCAAUCUCAGCAGUAUGUCUGCUUCAGUAUCGACCCUUGGAGACACUGGUUGGUUAAUACAUGUUCACAAUGUCUUGGCUGGUUCAGCUUGGAUUGCUGCGCGUGUUGCUUUGGAAUCAGCUUCAGUCCUUGUUCAUUGUAGGUAA